CAAAAAAGAAAAGAAUGGGAACCGCUUUAGGGUGAGUUCAUUUUUGUUUUAUAUCCUUAAAUCAGUAAGACCCCACAUCAAUUCCUCUCUCUCUGUCCAUCCCUUCAUUGUUCUUCCACCCCUUAAAACCAUUGCAUCACCUAAUCCAAUCCCAUAUUGCCAUGGGAGUCGACAUGUCAAACCCACCCACCAAAGACUUCUUUGCUUCUCCCGCCCUCUCUCUCAGCCUUGCCGGGAUAUUCCGGGAAGCCGGUGCUGCUGCUGCAGCUGCCGCCAGUGUGGAGGUGGAGGAAGGAGAUGAAGGAAGUGGAGGAGGAUCAGGUAAUAAAAGAGAAAAUACUGUUGAAAUUAGUAGUGAGAACUCGGGUCCUGCAAGAUCACGCUCAGAAGAUGAGUUAUUAGAUCACGACGAUGAUGAAGACGAUGACGACAAAACCAAAAAGAAGAAGAGAAAGAAGUAUCAUCGUCACACCGGAGAACAAAUCAGAGAAAUGGAAGCGCUGUUUAAGGAAUCACCCCAUCCAGAUGAGAAGCAGAGGCAGCAAUUGAGUAAACAACUAGGCCUUGCUCCAAGACAAGUCAAGUUCUGGUUUCAAAAUCGUCGAACACAAAUCAAGGCUAUACAAGAGCGCCAUGAAAAUUCCUUGUUGAAGCAAGAGCUGGAGAAACUUCAGGAAGAAAACAAUGCCAUGAGGAAGACCAUAAAUAAAGCUUGUUGCCCCAACUGUGGCAUGGCUACCACCAGCAAAGAUGACUCCAUGACAACCGAAGAACAACAACUACGUAUCGAGAAUGCCAAACUCAAAGCCGAGGUAGAAAAACUGAGAACAGUAAUAGGUAAAUACCCUCCAGGGACAGCAUCGACUAGUUCAUGCUCAGCAGGAAAUGACCAAGAAAACAGGAGUUCAUUGGAUUUUUACAGUGGAAUUUUUGGGCUUGAAAAGUCGAGAAUUAUGGAGAUUGUUAACCAAGCAAUGGAAGAGUUGAAGAAGAUGGCUACCGCUGGUGAACCAUUGUGGGUUCGAAGCGUUGAGACUCGUCGGGAGAUACUUAACUAUGAUGAGUAUGUCAAAGAGUUCUCUGUUGAAAAUUCAAGCAAUGGAAGGCCAAAAAGAUCCAUUGAAGCCUCUAGAGAGACUGGGGUAGUUUUUGUUGAUCUCCCAAGGCUAGUUCAAAGCUUCAUGGAUGUGAAUCAAUGGAAGGAAAUGUUUCCAUGCAUAAUCUCAAAGGCAGCUACUGUUGAUGUUAUUUGCAAUGGUGAAGCUCCUAACAGAAAUGGUUCCGUACAGUUGAUGUUUGCGGAGCUGCAAAUGCUGACACCCUUGGUGCCUACUAGAGAAGUGUAUUUUGUCCGGUAUUGCAAGCAAUUGAGCGCUGAACAAUGGGCAAUUGUCGAUGUUUCUAUUGACAAAGUUGAAGAAAAUAUUGAUGCAUCCUUGGUAAAAUUCAGAAAACGUCCGUCAGGUUGCAUCAUCGAGGAUAAAUCCAAUGGCCAUUGCAAGGUGACUUGGGUGGAACACCUUGAAUGCCAGAAAAGCGCUGUUCAUACCAUGUACCGUACUGUUGUUAGCAGUGGUCUAGCCUUCGGUGCAAGGCAUUGGAUGGCAACAUUGCAACUUCAGUGUGAACGGCUUGUUUUCUUCAUGGCAACCAAUGUUCCAACUAAGGAUUCAAAUGGCGUUGCAACAUUGGCUGGGAGGAAGAGCAUUUUGAAGUUGGCCCAAAGAAUGACAAGGAGCUUUUGUUAUGCAAUUGGAGCAUCAAGCUAUCAUACUUGGAACAAAGUCUCCGGCAAAACAGGGGAAGACAUUAGAGUUUCUUCCAGGAAAAACUUAAAUGACCCUGGCGAACCUCUCGGGGUGAUUGUCUGUGCAGUUUCUUCCGUUUGGUUGCCUGUCUCUCCUAAUCUCUUAUUUGAUUUCUUGAGAGAUGAAGCUCGUCGCAAUGAGUGGGAUAUCAUGUCAAACGGAGGCCCCGUCCAGUCCAUUGCAAACUUGGCAAAAGGGCAACAUCGUGGCAAUGCAGUUACAAUUCAAACAAUGAAGUCAAAAGAGAACAGCAUAUGGGUGCUCCAAGACAGUUGCACUAAUGCUUUUGAAUCCAUGGUGGUCUUUGCUCCCGUGGACAUAACUGCUAUGCAGUCAGUGAUUACUGGAUGCGAUUCAAGCAACAUGGCCAUAUUACCUUCAGGGUUCUCCAUUCUUCCUGAUGGGCUGGAGUCAAGGCCUUUAGUGAUCACUUCCAAGCACGAGAAGAGCAAUGAUACCGAAGGAGGAUCUUUGCUUACAAUAGCUUUCCAAAUCCUAACAAACAGCUCCCCAACUGCAAAACUCACCAAGGAAUCUGUGGAAUCUGUCAACACACUAAUAUCUUGCACAGUGGGAAACAUUAAGACGAGCUUGCAAUGUGAAGAUGGUUGAUCACAACAGCCUUCUUGAUUAGGUAGACUUUAUUUGUAAAACUCGUAGGUUUUUCAUUUCACUUUCCUUUCCCCCACAACUUACAGGUAUAAGCAAAUGACCUAUUUUUGUUAUGUGGGCUUGUUUCUGUUCUUUGGUUAGCACAAGAUGGUUUGAACUUCAGGCAUAUUUUUAGAGGGCAAGCUGGAUGAAUAGAGUUGGAUUACAAAUCUUUUUAGAUCUAGGAUAAUGAAAUAUUCUCAUGUAUAGAAUUACUAUUCAUUAAUGCAAUAUUGUGGUUGUCUUCAUUGCUUUACCAACUUAUGCAGCCUGGAAUUGUUUAAAGGCCAAAACAAGACUAAAUACAACAAGCAGCGAGAAAAAUCAGUGAAGCAAUGCGAGUAUUUAUCAGGCAAGAUUUAUCCCUGAAAUAUGUUGAAUUAUCCACUGUUUUUUUAAAGGAUUUCGGGGGUUUUAUACCACUGAAAUGAUCAAACUUCAUGAAGUUUACCCAGUCAGUGAUCUCUAUAAUAGUACUGUUGUCAUCAAACAUCAUCACUACAAAAGUACUGUUGCUAUGAACCUUAAUUCAAUUACUUCAUGUAACCACUCUUAAUGGAUAGCAUACAACAAGUUUGAAAUUCAAAUCCCAACGCUUCUUUCACUAUCUCCUACCCUA